UGCUUCAACUGCGGCACAGACUACACGCCGCUAUGGAGACGCGACGCGGAGGGCCAUGUCACGUGCAAUGCCUGUGGGCUGUACUACAAGCUGCACGGCAAGCACCGUCCCAUCUCGAUGAAGCGCAGCUCCAUCAAGCGCCGUCGCCGC